AUGCUCAACACCAAGACCUUCAUGGCCUUCCUCUUGGCCACCACGGCCUUUGCUAACCCCCUCACGGAGGUGCUUCAGAACCGCGCCGCCUCGUCGCGCUACGCCUCCCCCUCGGCUGACUGGACCCUUCAGGGCUGCUCGGCCGACAAGUACCCCAACGCUCGUGUCCUCGAGGGAGCCGGAUACACGUCCGGAGACUCUAUGUCCAUCGACAGGUGUCUGGCGUACUGUGAAGGGCAGCAGGCUGUCUAUGCCGGAUUAGAAGCAAACUAUCAGUGCUUCUGCUCUACAGAUGGUCUGAAAAAUGGCGGCGCCUACGGGCCCAACGGAGCCAACCUCAGGCAGCAGGCCAAUGACGGCUGCAAUCUCAGCUGCAAGGGCAACGGCAACCAGGCCUGCGGUGGCGACAACCACAUCCAGGUGUACAAGUCCAACAAGCGCAACACGCCCACGGUCCCCACUAUCGAGGGAGCUACCUACCAGGGCUGCUACGCCGACAGCAGCAACCGCCUCCUUCCGGUCACGGCUGCUUACCAGGACAUGGCCAACACCAACCAGAAGUGCACGGCUGCCUGCAAGAAAUUGGGUUAUGAUUUGGCUGGAACAGAACACCAGAAUGAAUGCUACUGCGGAUCUUCGUCCAAAGUCAAGCUUCCAGCGAAGACGACCGGCUGCAACCAGGCCUGCUCCGGUGACUCGAACCAGAUCUGCGGCGGCAACUAUCGCCUGACGAUCUUUAAGGUCGACGGCGUGAGCAACGGCGGCGGCACUGGCACCGGCACGACCACACCCACGACCACGCCCACUGGUACUUCUAGCUCCACGACCACCCCCACCACCUCCCCUACCCCUACUGGCCCCACUGCCCCCGCCAAGAACCCCGCUUCGUACUCGACGGGCGGCGUCGAGUACUUCUACGCCGGCUGCUUCACCGACCGAUCCGACGCUUCUGGUCGCGCUCUCACCGAGUACUACUCGAGCAGCAGCUCCCGCACUGUCGAGGGCUGCCUGAGGACUUGCCAGAAGGCGGGCAACUUCAUUUACGCUGGGCUCGAGAAUGGCAACGAGUGCAGGUGCGGCAACACUCUCGCCUCCUUCUCGACGAACACGGGCACGUGCAGGACCCAGUGCACGAGCAAGAACGGCCAGACGUGCGGUGGUGGGUACGCCCUCACCCUCUACAAGCAGUCCGACGAGGCUGCUGCGGCCGCUCGCGUCGCUCAGACCGGCGGAAGCUCCGCUUAA